AUGUCAAAUCUUCCGCCUCCCAACGCGCAAGGUGCAAGCAAUGUAGAAAAGACGAAUAAUGAUGAAAAAUUGAACGUAAAAGAAAAAGAGGAAAAUACAUCUCAGACAAAUGACAUACAAGAAAAAAAUGUAGAGAAAAAAGAUGAGGAGAAUACAUCUCAGACGGAAAAAAUUGUAGAAAAGAAGGAGGAAGAAAAUACACAUCAGACGAGAGACAUACAAGAAAAGGGG